AUGGAGUGUGCCAAAGAUGGAGGUGAGAGCGCUGCCCCUAUCCCUUUAAAAGCUGUUGUUGUUCGAUUCUUCCAGAGCAGCCAAGUAGCCAUACUAAAAAAGGAAGACCAAGGGAUCCCAGUGUCCGUGGGGUCCUCGCAAAGCAGGUUCGCCCGUAGCCACUCGUCCUGGCUGGAAGAGAAGAAUAGCAACUGCCGGUGGUUCGGGACUAGGCGGCUCCAGAGGUACAGUGCAGGCGGACAGUCUCUCAAGAUGUGA